AUGGAUUCUUCAGCUUUGAACCAGAAAUCCAGCUUCCAUGCUCGCUCAAACAGCUUGCCUUCUGCACCUCAUCCACUUAUUCCUCAAAUAGAUGAGCAUUUAUGCAGGUUGAAAUCCAAUGAAGCCGCCACUUCUUUGUCAUCGAUUACCAACAGAUUAAAUGGCCUUAGAGAUCUGUAUGAGUUGGUUAAUAGUUGGCUUCAAUUGCCUAGCACACAAAAUUCCUUGGUCCAAAACUCCAAUGACAACGAAUUCUUGAAUGGAUCUCUCAGGCUCUUGGAUGUUUGUGGUUUAGCCAAGGAUGCUCUGUUGCAGGCCAAGGAAGAUACCCAACAACUUCAAUCGGUUUUUCGAAGAAGAAGAGGUGACGAUUCCGGGUUCGCAAAUGAAGUUAAAGCAUACUUAGCAUCAAGGAAGAAAGCCAACAAGUUGAUAAACAAGUCUCUGAAAGAUUUAAAGAUCAGUAAAUGUGGUGGUGUUGAAGCUAUAUUUAGCAUGUUAAGAAAUGUUGAAGGAGUUACUUUCUCAGUGUUACAAUCGGUUUUUUGCUACAUAACUGCAUCGAUCCCAGAACAAAAAUCUACCAACUGGUCUUUGGUGUCGAAGUUGAUGCACUCGAAGCGCAUAACCUGCGAGGGACGAGCUUCGGGGAGCAACAAAUUCGAGAUAGUGAAAGCAAUUUUGUGCAGUCUCGUUGGUUCCAAGACUAAAACCGAGAACGUACAGAUUGAGUUGCAGAAUCUGGAGUCAAGCAUUCAAGACGUCGAAGACGGAGUCGAAUGCCUGAUUAGACUUUUGAUUAAAACUAGAGUUUCUAUUCUCAACAUCCUCAGCCAUUAACUGCUUGAUAUUAUAGCAAAUGGCAUUACAAAUGGGAAAAAGAA